UUUAUCCUUAUUGCUAGAGCAACAGUGGUGUGGUGUUGUAGUAUACCACAUUGCUGGAAUUAAAAUAUUUAUUGCUUGUCUUUUGAAGAGUUUUAAGAUUGCUCUCUUUGAAUUACAUCAAAGUGAUUGAGCAAUUAUAAAAUGGUACAAACCAUGAUCAGAAAUUUACGGGCGAGCAGGUUACUUAACCUUAUUCGUCAAAAGCAAUACAACAGACAAUUUCAUUUCACAAUAAAAGGGCGGCAAACUGCUGGAGCUUCUACAACUCAGAUAUCACAUGACUAUCCUGUUGUUGAUCAUACAUACGAUGCUGUUGUUGUUGGAGCUGGUGGCGCUGGUCUCAGGGCAGCAUUUGGACUUGUUCAGGAAGGUUUCAAAACUGCUUGUAUCUCUAAAUUAUUCCCUACUAGGUCACAUACAGUUGCUGCACAGGGUGGCAUUAAUGCUGCUUUGGGGAAUAUGGAACCUGAUGACUGGAAAUGGCACAUGUAUGAUACUGUCAAAGGAUCUGACUGGCUUGGAGAUCAAGAUGCUAUACAUUACAUGACUCGUGAAGCACCUCAAGCUGUUAUUGAGCUUGAAAAUUAUGGCAUGCCAUUCAGUCGUACACAAGAUGGUAAAAUUUAUCAACGGGCAUUUGGUGGACAGUCAUAUAAUUUUGGCAAAGGAGGGCAAGCUCACAGAUGCUGUUGUGUUGCUGACAGAACAGGACAUUCGCUUCUUCACACUCUGUAUGGUCAGUCUCUGCGAUAUGACUGCAACUUCUUCAUCGAAUAUUUUGCUUUAGAUUUAUUGAUGGAAAAUGGGGCUUGCAAGGGUGUCAUAGCUCUUUGUCUUGAGGAUGGUUCUUUACACAGGUUUAGAGCAAAAAAUACUGUUUUAGCUACAGGAGGGUAUGGCAGAGCCUACUUUUCUUGUACUUCUGCCCAUACAUCUACUGGCGAUGGCAUGGCUUUAGUAGCUCGGGCUGGAUUACCAAAUCAAGAUAUGGAAUUUGUACAGUUUCAUCCUACUGGAAUUUAUGGAGCUGGAUGUCUUAUAACUGAAGGUUGUCGUGGUGAGGGUGGUUACCUGAUUAAUAGUGAAGGUGAGAGAUUCAUGGAGAGGUAUGCACCUGUGGCUAAAGAUUUGGCUUCAAGAGAUGUUGUUUCUCGUGCAAUGACAAUUGAAAUCAGAGAAGGAAGGGGUUGUGGGCCUGAGAAGGAUCACGUUUAUCUGCAGCUUCAUCACUUACCUCCAGAGCAGUUAGCUACUCGUUUGCCAGGAAUAUCUGAAACAGCAAUGAUUUUUGCUGGAGUUGAUGUUAAUAAAGAGCCUAUUCCAGUCCUUCCUACUGUACAUUAUAAUAUGGGAGGUGUUCCAACUAAUUACAGAGGACAGGUCAUAACUUAUGACCAUGCUGGUGGUGAUAAACUUGUUCCUGGUCUUUAUGCUUGUGGUGAAGCUGCCUGUGCUUCAGUGCAUGGAGCAAACAGAUUGGGAGCAAACUCAUUAUUAGAUUUGGUUGUGUUUGGAAGAGCAUGUGCACAUACAAUUGCUGAAUUCGAUAAACCUGGAGACCCGGUUAUGGAGCUUAAACCUACUGAUGGUGAAGAAUCAGUAGCAAAUUUGGAUAAUAUGAGACAUGCAAAUGGAUCCACGUUGACUUCGCAGCUGAGGUUACAAAUGCAAAAGACAAUGCAAACUCAUGCUGCAGUCUUCAGGACAGGGGAAAGUUUAAAAGAAGGUGUUAAAUUGAUUGCUGAUUGUUUUGAAGGACAAGACGAUCUCAAGGUUUGUGAUAGAGGAAUGAUCUGGAAUUCUGAUCUUGUUGAAACUUUGGAAUUACAGAACCUUAUGCUUAAUGCUGUACAAACAAUGGUUGCAGCUGAAGCUAGGAAAGAAAGCCGAGGAGCUCAUGCCCGUGAAGAUUUCAAAGAUCGGGUAGAUGAAUAUGAUUAUUCCAAACCUCUGGAAGGUCAGAAGAAGAAACCAAUCGAUGAACACUGGAGGAAGCACACAUUAUCAUGGAUUGAUAACAAAGGAAAGGUUACGCUUGAAUACAGACCGGUGAUCGAUGAGACAUUAGAUGUAAAAGAGUGCAAGCAAGUUCCACCAGCUAUCCGUUCUUAUUAGUGAGAAGAAGAGCAUGAAAACUAGAUAGAACUCUAGACUAAUGCUUCACAACUAGUGUCGCACAUUCGUAUUAUUGUUUUGAUCUGAAAAACUUUGUAAAUUAUUAUUUUCCCGGUAUUUUAAUAUUUUCACUGGCUGAAUGUGUUCAUUGGCAAUGAAUGUAUGGGUGAAAGGAAGAAUAAAUUAGUUUCAAUUAAA